AACUGCCGCGUGAUGGCACUGACAACACGAAUCACGAUAUUGCCUUCAGUCUCAACCAGUAUUUAUUUUCGUGGGUGUGCAACGAAGAGUUAUAAAAAAAAAAUAAAACCAAGUUUUUUUUUUAUUUUUUUUUUUCAAAACUCUGUUGCAAGCCACAAUGUCUGGUAAGAUUCAGCAGUUAAAUGGUGAUGACACAUUAUCAUCACCAAGAAAAAAGACAAAAAUAUGUCAAAUUCCAGUUGUAACAUCAAAAGCAACUGUUGUCCUUGGUGCCCAAUGGGGUGAUGAAGGUAAAGGCAAAGCUGUUGAUAUGUUGGCUGCUAAAGCUGAUGUUGUCUGUCGUUGUCAGGGAGGUAAUAAUGCUGGGCAUACAGUUGUCAUUGAUGGUACCAAGUAUUUUUUUCAUUUACUACCAAGUGGAAUAAUAAGUUCACGUUGUAUUGCUGUUUUGGGCAAUGGUGUUGUUAUACAUUUGCCUGGUUUAUUUGAUGAGCUUGAAACAAAUGAAGAAAAAGGCUUAAAAGAUUGGCAUGAUCGUUUAAUAAUAUCUGAUCGUGCACAUAUUGUAUUUGAUUUUCAUCAACAAGUUGAUGGAAUGCAAGAAUUAGAAAAAGGUAGUCAAUCACUUGGUACAACUAAAAAAGGUAUUGGUCCAACUUAUUCAAGUAAAGCAACAAGAAAUGGUCUAAGAAUAUGUGAUUUACUUGGUGAUUAUGAUGAAUUUUCGAAAAAAUUUAAUAUACUUGUUGAACAAUAUCAAAGAAUGUUUCCACUAUUACAUGUUGAUGUUGAUGCUGAAUUGGAACGUUACAAAGAAUUUGCUGAACGAAUAAGGCCAUAUGUUACUGAGACAGUAACAUUUUUACAUAAAGCAUUAAAAGAAGGAAAAAAAGUACUUGUUGAAGGUGCAAAUGCUGCAAUGUUGGAUAUUGAUUUUGGUACUUAUCCAUUUGUAACAAGUUCAAAUUGUAGUAUUGGUGGUGUAUUUACUGGACUUGGUGUUGCACCAAAAAGUAUUGGUGAAGUUAUUGGUGUUGUUAAAGCUUAUACAACACGUGUUGGUGAUGGUCCAUUUCCAACUGAAUUAAAUGAUGAUAUUGGUGAAUUAUUACAAACUCGUGGAUAUGAAUUUGGUGUUACAACUAAAAGAAAAAGACGUUGUGGUUGGCUUGAUCUUGCUUUACUUAAAUUUACAAAUAAAGUCAAUGGAUACACAUCAAUAUUUUUGACAAAACUUGAUAUACUGGAUACAUUGGCAGAGAUAAAAAUAUGCAUUGGCUAUCGAUUAAAUGGAAAAGAAAUUGAACAUUUUCCAAGUCAUGCAUCUGAUCUUGCUAAAGUUGAACCAAUUUACAAUACAAUUGAAGGCUGGAUGGAAAAAACUGAAGGAGUACGAUCAUUUGAUAAACUCCCUCUUAAUGCACGUAAAUACGUUAAAAUGAUUGAAGAACAUUUAGAAACACCAGUCAAGUGGAUUGGAGUUGGUGCUGGACGUGAAAGUGUUAUCGCAAUUUAAUUAUAGUAUUAAAUCAUCAGCGCACAAAAAAAUAUAUAAUAUAAAUUGUAUAUAAUUAUUACAAAAUGAUGCGCACAAAUUUCACAUUUAAAAAAAAAUAUUAAUAUAUAUAUAAAUGUUACAAUAAAAUUUUAAUUUAUUAAUUUAAAUGCUUAUAUUAUAAUUUACAAUGAUUUUUGUUUUAAUUUUUUUUUUUUUUUGUUGUUUUUAAAAAUAUAUAUUUCAGUCUAUAUUUAAAUUUAAAUAUUUAUUUUUAAUUAAAAUUAUUAUCAACUAUUUUAUUAUCACGCCUGUCUCUUGCUCUUCUAUUUUGAAACCAAAUUUUAACACGACUUUGUGGUAAUUUCAAUUGAUUUGAUAAUUGUUGUACAUCUUUUCUCAUCAAAUAAGCUUUAUUAUUAUAUUGUUUUUCUAAUAUUUGUAAUUGUAAAUUUGUAAAUGGUAUACGUGGAUGUUUUGCUGGUUUCCUCUUAAUAUUUUUAACUGUCAUAGUGUUUCUUGGUAACUUUGGUGGUUUGUAUCUUGUACACUGAAGCCAAUGAAGAUUUUCAAUUUUAUUAAAAUCAUUAACAACAACUUUUUGAUAAUCCACAUUAACAUUAUCACUUGUACCAGCUUUAUCAUCAAUAAUAUAAUUAUUACAAUGCUUUUUUUCGUCAUUAUUAAUUUGUGUACUAUUAUUAUGAUAAAUAAUAUA